CAUUUUUCUACACACUUGUUUGGUAAGUUGAACACCUCUCCGCCAUGCAGAGGACCGUGCACGCACCGCUGCAGUUUUAUGAGAAGGUGGGCAGAGUGAUGAACUCGGACCAGGAAAGGCCGUAUGUGUGCAACGCUCCUGGCUGUUCUCAGCGAUUCCCCACGGAGGACCAUCUGAUGAUUCAUAGACACAAACAUGAGAUGACCCUUAAGUUCCCCUCCAUAAAGAACGACAACAUGUUAUCAGACCAGACGCCGACACCAACACGCUUCUUGAAGAACUGUGAGGAAGUGGGAUUGUUCAGUGAACUGGAUUGCUCCAUUGAGCAGGAGUUUUGCAAAGCUCAGGAAGAAGAGGACAGUAAACAGAGCAUCUCACUGCACGGCCAGGCAGGCCAAGGCCAGCACCAGCAGUCCCACUCACGGAUGGGCAACCAUGAUACCAGCAUAGUGAUCCAGCAGGCCCUGCCUUCUCCUCAGUCCAGCUCCGUCAUCACUCAGGCUCCAUCCACCAACAGACAGAUUGGGCCGGUCCCCGGCUCUCUGUCCUCAUUGCUGCACCUACGAAACAGACAGAGACAGCCUCUGCCAGCCUCCAUGCCUGGAACUCUGCCAGACCAGACCAUGCCUGGCUCCUCCGCCGUGCUGAUGCCUAUGGACAGACAAAUGUCAAUGGGCUCCAAUAUGAUGGGUAUGCAAGGACCCGCCCACAGCAGCAACUGCUCUUCCACUCACAUUCCCUCCAUGCACUCAGAAGCCAAACUGAGGCUGAAGGCUGCACUUUCACACCACCCGGGUACCAUCGCCAACGGCAACAUGAACUCCAUGGGCCACAUGAUGGAUAUGAUGUCAUCACGACAGGAGCAAGGCGCCCACCAUCACAUGCACUCGCACCCGCACCAGCACCUGCAAGCCCCUCCCCACACGUACCAGCACCAUGGUCACCACCACCACAGUCAGGGCCACGGCCAGGGAGGACACCACCACCCGCAGGGACACAACCCCCAUCACAACUCCCACAAUCCCCACCUCCAUCCCGGGCACCCACACCAGACCUCACCGCACCCUCCGAUGCACUCUGCUUCACAUAUGUCACCUGCGACCCAGCAGAUGCAUCCCACGCAGACACUGCACUCUCCACCACCAAGCGGCGGACGGCGUCGACGAGUAGUGGACGAAGAUCCGGAUGAACGUCGGCGGAAGUUUCUGGAAAGAAAUAGAGCGGCAGCAACAAGAUGCAGACAGAAGAGAAAAGUGUGGGUGAUGUCGUUAGAGAAGAAAGCAGAAGAGCUCACUCAGACCAACAUGCAGCUUCAGAAUGAAGUCACAAUGCUAAAGAACGAGGUGACCCAACUCAAGCAGCUUCUCCUCACACACAAGGACUGUCCCAUCACCACUAUGCAGAAAGACUCCCAAGGUUACCUCAGUCCAGAAAGCAGUCCGGCGGGCAGUCCAGCGCCAGCGUGCUCCCAGCAGCAGGUCAUUCAGCACAACACCAUCACCACCUCCACCACAACUGUAGGGGGCAGCAGUGUGCACGGGCAAACCAAUCACUGCACUGACAUUAACCCCGUUCAUUAGGGACAAGAGAGACUA